AUUUUCUCCGGUCAUUGUAGUAAGACGGACACGUUUCGCCGAACACCAGAACUGAUUUUGUUUCUAUUACACUAAUGUUCAACGCUUUGAUAAAUUAGAUAAAUCGCCUUGAAACUAAUGUGUAUAAGUUUCAGCCUUUGAUGAGUGAUAAAAGGCAGCGAGCGAGAGUCCAGGGCUCCUGGGCCAAACCUCUUCACAAACCACAACAGCCAACAGCUCAAGAUGUCCAGUCAGUGUCAGGUUCAUGGAGAUAUGGGCCACGAUCAUUUGAGUUCCAUCAGCCAGCUGAUCCCAUCAGAGAGAUUCCGGCAGAGAAAGUGAUUGAAAAUGCCGGUGACUAUGAGAUUAGUCAAGGGCCUACUGGAGUGUCCCGACUGAGACUCAUACCGGGGUUUCUACAGCAGGAGGAGGCUGACUGGAUGUUUAGCAAGCUGCUCGCUGAACUGCCAUGGUCACAAAAGACCAAUUUUAGGAUGAUGGGUGAUGAAUAUGAGGAACCCAGACUCACUUGUUGGUAUGGAGAGCUGCCAUAUACAUAUUCACGCUCCACUAUGCAGGCCAAUGCUCAGUGGCAUCCAGUUCUCACCACUUUACGCCUGGCUGUCGAGGAAAAGAGCGGCCACACGUUUAACUCAUUGCUGUGUAACCUGUACCGGGACGGUAAAGACAGCAUUGGCUGGCACAGUGACAGCGAGCCAUCACUAGGACCCCAGCCCUUCAUCGCCUCUCUGAGUCUGGGCGACACUAGAGUGUUCAGUCUCCGAAAGCAGCCACUUCCUCAAGACAAAGGAGACUACACCUAUGUGGAGCGCAUACGCAUCCCGUUGAGCCACGGGACACUCCUGCUCAUGGAAGGCUGUACGCAGAUGGACUGGCAGCACCAGGUGGCAAAGGAGUACCAUGACCGCGGGCCUCGGAUAAACCUCACGUUCCGCACCAUAUACCCAGAGCCAGAGCGUCCCAGUGGGAGAUUUGUGAGGUGAUCACUGGGAGAAGAGACCACAGGUUUGCCGAAAUCUGUCUCAUUCACA